GUCAGCGCAUGCGCGCCAGUAUCAGCAGCCUGCGGAUGUGAAGAACAGCAGGUGCUCAACCCAUGGGAUGAUUGCAUGUCUUUGCACUCGGUGGCGGCUCCAGAAGAGAGUCCCCGCCAGGAGAGCCUUGCGCCCACCAUCCUCGAGCAGUUGCCCAUGCUCGAGCAGUUGCGCAAGGAACACCGUGACGCAAAGUUCGAAAGCAAGAAGUCAAGAACAGCAGAGGCUGUUUGCGCUGCCAGCUCAGCAGCAGCAGCAGGGUCGAUUGGGCCUUCCGAGAAGGAGGAAAAGGGCAGCACAGAGGAGAAGGCGCUCGCAGAUGCAUACAACCAGAACAUCACGGCCACAAGCAUUGACGUUGAGGAAGUUGAGGCUGCGGCAGGCUUGGUGGCAGGCCACUCGAAGGCCACUGGCUCUGCCGCAGCAGGUACGACUGGAUCGCCGGAAGCCGCUCAGGGAGAAGGCAGCGCAGCUGAGAAGGUCUACGACCUAGAAGAUCGCGCCGCCCUGGGCCAGUUCAUCCUGGACCAAUUUGAGAUGCGAACAUCGGCCUGGUCCGCGCAGAGCCGCCUGGACAGAGAGCUGAAGAGGGGGUAUUUCUACAAGCUGCGGAAGGCGAAGACCGCCUUUCCGCGGCGGCAGGAAGCCGAGGGUGAGACUUGCACGCUCUCCAAUGGCAGCGAGGUGUCUGCAAUUGUUUCAAGAGAAGAGAUCAAGGAAUGGGCCGCAGGUGCCAAGAAGGCUAUCAUUUGUUCCGUGUCUCACAGCUGGGAAACUCGGGAACAUCCCGACCCCUGCCGGUUCCAGUUGGAACAGAUUGUGAAUUAUGUGUCCUUGUUUGAUGCCGCUUACUUCGAUGAUAUUUGGCUGUUCUACGAUUACGUGUCUCUGUUCCAGUUCCAACGAACCCCAGAGGAGGAUGUCCAUUUCCAAGCCGCCAUGGGCAACAUACACAUGUUCUAUGCCCAUAAUUUGACGCGGACGUUCCGAAUCGAAAGUCUCACCCCGGAGCGUGUUUGGCGGGCCAUGCUGGAAAACCCGGCAGAGCAAGUGCGUGUUUAUUUUGAGGAAGCCAAAGCCGUCACUCCGCGCCCUUUGAAGGAUCUGGUUGAGAAUCGGGUCCCGUAUAGUGACCGAGGUUGGUGCAAGGCGGAGGUGGAGUGGUCCUCAACGCGAGAUUUCACGGCCAAGAGUCAGCGCAUUGAUGCUGCAGAAGGGAAGAAGAAGGGCUCUGGCCUGAAAGGCCGAGUUCCGACUACUCCCGAGCUGUUUAAAGCACAGAUGGCCUCUGCCAAGUUUACGCACCGCGCGGAUGCGGGAAGUGUACAGUUUUUGCAAGCCAAAAUCUACCACCAAAAAGUUUCGGUUUGUCAGGAGGCAGUGCUUGAGCACUUGCCUGCAGCAGAAGUUACCAAGCUGGCAGCUGCGCUCCCGCAUUACCAGCAGCUCCGAACCCUUCGAGUACGGAACUUCGAAUGUGGCCCGCACGAAGCCAAAGCACUUGGUGAGGCCAUCGGCUGCCAUCCGACCCUCCAAGAGCUGGAGGUGCGGGCUGAUGUGCGUGCAGACAGAACGGCCCUGGUGAUCCUGGUGGAGGCCCUUGCAGAAGCUUUGAAAACCAAAGCGAUCACCAGUCUCGACUUGCGCCACAACAAAAUCGGUGAUGAGGGUGGGAAGGCUCUUGCUGAAGCUCUCAAGCACAACAGCACGAUGACCACCCUCAACUUGGCGGGCAACAAAAUCGGUGCUGAGGGUGGGAAGGCUCUUGCUGAAGCUCUCAAGCACAACAGCACGAUGACCACCCUCAACUUGGAGUGCAACAGAAUCGGUGCUGAGGGUGGGAAGGCUCUUGCUGAAGCUCUGAAGCACAACAGCACGAUGACCACCCUCAACCUUACCGCAAACAAAAUCGGCGCUGAGGGUGGGAAGGCUUUUGCCGAUGCUCUCCAGAAUAACAGCACCUUAACCAGCUCCACGUUGGACGGGAACGAAAUCAGGGCUGAAGACUUGGAGGCACGUUUUGGCGAGUUUUUGUGGACUUCCCUGCGUCCUGCCCUGGUGUGCCAGGCCGUGGCAGAGGCUCUCAAGCAGCGCUUCACGCAGGCCGAGGCCUGCUUGAGUUGGGCCUGUGGAGAACGGUGGAAUGGCGUUGCGCCUGAAAGCUGCCGUAAGCAGACUUGUUGUCAAGUCCACCUGCACAGCUUUUGGGCCAACCCAGGGCCCAUCCGCUUGCAGGUGAACUCUUAUCGCGAUACGUGA